AACUCCCCCACCCAUUCUCGCUUUAUUUUAAUCCCACCAUUUCUCAUUUCUCCAUCUAAAACCUAAUCUUCCACACACUCCAUGAACGUGUUAGACCCAAAGAACAUGGAAAAUACCACCCACCUCCACCACCGGAGUCCUCCUCAGCCGCCGGAACAACCCACCAAAACUCCGCAUCCCAACGACGAGGAAAACUCGGGGAUGGAAACACGUGAAUGUAACGAAAGCUCGUUAAGGGGUCGUGGUGGAGCCGAAGAAGAAUCAAUGACGGAUCCAGAAGUAUUUUUGACGGGAGAAGAUGAUAAUGGUCGGGUUUGGAUACCUGAAAUAUGGGGUCAGGAAGAGCUUUUGAAGGACUGGAUUCAUUGUUCUGGAUUCGAUGAUUCUUUGGUGCCUCGUGGGAUUAUGUCGGCUCGUACUGCUUUGGUCGAAGAAGGAAGAAGAGCCAACAUUAAUGGCGGAUUUCGAAUAGAAAACAGCUGUUGAACUCAUUAUCAUACAUCUUUCUUUUGCCUAUGAUUAUUUGCUGGAAUGUAAUAUGUUUAAUCAUGAAUCUAGUAAUAUUUUUCUUUUUUGUAAUAAGUGAAUUUCUAAUUAAGUUUUUUUUUUAAUAAUUACAU